CACAGUAUUUACUGCAGAAGGCAGGUGGUGGUGUUUCAUCUGUUUAAUCUUCAGGAGAGGAAAACAAAUAGGGCUCUUUUGUUUUGCGUGAUCCUUCCCGGACUGUGCAGUAGGCUCUUGCUUCUGCUCCGGCCUCUACUCGCCACACUCCAGUCUCAGCACUGCAGCCAGAAAGGUCUUUCCAACACCAGUCAGGUUUGGUGCUUCAGCCAUUCAAGGCCCAGGGCCCUCCUGAGGAGUGAAGGCUUGGACUGAGGACAAGCUUACUGCCAUCUCCCAUCGUUUGUAUCCAGGCAGAAAGCGAAGCUUUUAGGCCAGCCUUCCUGAACUGGAGGGGGUGUGGCAUGCAUUAAAAUUAAACAUCAAUGACCUGAGAAGCUUAUAAAAUAGCUUGGGAGAAGCCAGUCACCAAGAGAAGGCGUCUCAAAUUGGAUGAUUUUGCAUGUGGAAACUGCUUUCAUCUGGAUAAAAAAGGUCCACCUCCAGCCACCCAGCUCCAAGAUGGUACCAGCGCUGCUGCUGCUGCUUCCUGCCCUGGCUGGACUCUUCGGAGCAGCUGAGGGACAAGCUUUCCAUCUCGGGAAAUGCCCAAAUCCUCCAGUGCAGGAGAACUUUGACGUGAAUAAGUAUCUUGGAAGAUGGUAUGAAAUUGAGAAGAUCCCAGUGAGCUUUGAGAAGGGAAGUUGCAUCCAAGCCAACUACUCGCUAAUGGAAAACGGAAACAUCAAAGUGAUAAACAAGGAGCUGAGAGCUGAUGGAACUGUGAGUCAAAUUGAAGGUGAAGCCACCCAGGAGAACAUCACGGAGCCCGCCAAGUUGGGAGUUAAGUUUUUCUGGUUCAUGCCAUCAGCUCCAUACUGGGUCCUGGCCACCGACUAUGAGAACUACGCCCUCGUGUACUCCUGUACCACAAUCAUCUGGCUUUUUCACAUGGAUCAUGUUUGGCUCUUGGGAAGAAACCCUUAUCUCCCUCCAGAAACAGUGACCUAUCUCAAAGAUAUUCUGACCUCUAAUAACAUUGACAUUGAGAAAAUAACUGUCACAGAUCAGGUGAACUGCCCCGAGUUCCUAUAACCAGGCUCUAAAGGGAGGCUGCAUUCACUCCAUGUUCCUUCUUUUGCUUUGCUUUUCCCCUACACCACCCCUCUUAAAGAUGAACCAAACCACCACAGCAAACUAUUACAAAUACCAGAAGGGAAAUGUGACAGCAGAAGCUAGUGGAGAGGAACUCAAGGCAAGUUGGCCCAAACACUUAGCCAUGCACCAUCUUGUUACCUUGCAAGCCUGAUAAUAAACUUGCUGCUGACCUGCUGUGCUCACAGUAGACUACAAAUUGGACUAAUUAUUGGGAGUUUUUAAUUCUAAGCUUAUGUUUGGAAAUCCUUAAGCAGUUAUGUUGAAAAAAAAAAAGAA